AUAAUCCCUUUCUACCUGGGAACAUUGGCGGGAAUGCAACAGAAUAAAGCGCCAUAGCAUGUAAUGCACGGUUGUAGGAGUACGUAACACGGUAAGAAGUGAGUGCGUAUAUAUGCGCGAUUCUGUGAAAAGUGAGAAAUUUUCAUCGUUCAUCACGUGCCCAUCUCGCUCUUUAUCGCUCGAAUCGAGGCUUGUAAUAUCAACGGCGUUAUUUGCCUCUAAUUGCUGUGCAUGUGCGUGCAUGAAGCGAGACACGAGACACACGGUUCAUAGUACACACACGCUUUGCCGCCGAGCUGACGCUCAAUGAAAUCACAUUCUAGAUCGAUAAAUAUCACGCGCAACAUAACCCACGUUUUCUCGUAAUCUGUAAAAUCGGACGUUUCAUCAAUCACGAUGUCAUCCACGAGAAUCAUGCCACCUACUGUGCCAGAGGGCGAACCAGGUUCCAGUAGAAGAAUGUCUCGUAGCAGAAAAUUUGUUGAUAUGGAAGAACCAAUUGAAGCAAGUGAUUCGACAACUAAAGCAACUCCAUCUGUAUUGGAUUUACUUAUACAAUCAACGAAAAGAAAAAAGCUAAACAAUGAAGCAAACCAUGAGACAAAAAUGUCUGAUCGGCAACAUGAAAUAAAAGAAGCAAAUAAAAAUGGUACAGAAUUUAAUAAGGAGAAUCACAAUCCACAAAUAAAUCAAGAUCAAGAAGAAAAUGUUGAGAAAAAAAUGAAAAUGGAAAACAAUGAAGAAAUAUCUCAAUUAAAAUCUCAAGUUAAGAAAACCCUUACUAUAGUUGAACGAUGCGAUUAUUGUAAACAGAAGUUGGAUGAUGAAACAAAGUUGUAUCAGGGACAUCCAAAUGGUGCAAUGGAAGAACAAAUAGCUUUAACAGAUCCUAAGCUAUGUUUAUUUACAGGAGAUGAAUCUUUUAUACAUGAAAGUGAUGAGAGACCACAAAAUAAAUUAACUUAUUUUAGUGUUUAUGAUAAGAAUGGGCAUCUGUGUGCCUUUGAUACUGGACUGAUAGAGAAAAAUGUAAUGUUGUAUUUUUCUGGAUACAUGAAAGCUAUUUAUGAAGAAGAUCCUUCUCCUGAAGGAGGUGUACCAACAAAAGACAUGGGGCCAAUAAAUGAAUGGUAUGUUUCUGGAUUUGAUGGAGGUGAAUUGGCAUUGAUAGGUUUUACUACUGCAUUUGCGGAAUAUAUUUUGAUGGAACCAUCUGAAGCUUACGCACCAUUCAUAGAUGCUGUUAAAGAGAAGAUAUAUAUGAGCAAAUUAGUUAUAGAAUUUUUGCUAGAUGAAAUUAGUCCAACCUAUGAAGACUUACUAAACAAACUUCAAACUGUGGUACCUCCUAAAGGUAUGACAAAAUUCACAGAAGACGCAUUGUUGCGUCACGCACAAUUUAUUUGCGAUCAAGUUUCAUCAUUCGAUGAUUCUGCCAAUGCUGAAGAUAGUCUUCUCAUUACGACUCCUUGUAUGCGAUCUCUCGCAAAUCUCGCUGGUGUUACAUUAGGUAAAAAAGCAGCAAUUCGUCGGACGAGGCGCGAGCAAAAAGUUAAAAAACCUGCCUGGACAAAGGCUACAACAACAAAAUUAGUUAGCAACACAUUUGAAAAUAUUUUCGCUGAUCAACUUGCUAAGCAUGAAGAUAAAAUAUCGAUAGGACCUAAAAGACAACGAUGUGGUGUUUGCGAAAACUGUCAACAACCUGACUGUGGAGUUUGUACUUCUUGUAAAGAUAUGACGAAAUUUGGAGGUAGUGGAAGAAGUAAGCAAGCAUGUAUCAAGAGAAGAUGUCCAAAUAUGGCAAUCCAGGAAGCAGAUGAUUCUGAUCCAGAAAAUGAAGAGCAAUAUGAAAGUCUAGUAGAAGAUCAAAAAUUAGAAGAGAAACCGAAAAAGGAUUUUAAAGAACUUAAAAAAGACAUAGUAUGGGAAGAAGAAGAUAAAAUUGUUGAUGGGCAAAAGACAUAUUAUAAAUCGGUCAUAGUUGGAAAUGAAAGAAUCCAAAUAAAUGAUUAUGUUUUGGUAGAGCCAAGAAAUCCGACAAUUCCUUUACACAUUUAUAAAAUCAUGUUUAUGUGGGAGAAUAAAUAUGGAAUAAAACAAUUUCAUGCAAAUUGGCUUCGUAGAGGUACUGAUACCAUACUUGGUGAAACUUCAGAUCCUAUAGAAUUAUUUCUAAGUGAUGAUUGCGACGAUGUACCAUUCACAUCUGUUAGAUCGAAAGCAACUGUUGUUUACAAGAAAAUGCCUGACAAUUGGUCUGAAUUAGGUAAUAUGGAUAUAGAUGAUGAAAUAAAAGAUAUAGAUGGUAAAACGUUUUUUUAUCAGAUGAGAUAUACUCCUGAAACUGCUCGAUUUGAGAGUCCGUUACCGGAUCCGGAAUGCCAGCGAAAAGAAAAUAAUCAUCGAUUUUGUCCUGCUUGCGCACGACUAAGAGCAUUAGAACAAUAUAAUACACCUAAGGUCUUUGAGCGUAUAGAAGAAAAGAACAGUAAGGAAGUGAUUUAUGGAGUAGUGAGAUAUAAAGAUGAAGAAUAUAGAGUUGGCAGUUCAGUGUUUUUGUACCCAAGUGCUUUUAAAUUUAAGUAUAAACAGAUGUUUCAAGAAGCUGAGAAACCAAAGAGGGAAGUUGUAGAUGAAGAUAUGUAUCCAGAGUUUUAUAGAAAAGUCUCAGAAAAAGCAAAAUUCUCAAAUGUUGAUACACCUGAACCUUUUCACAUUGGUUAUAUAAAUGCAAUUUAUGCCAGUACAACGGAUUUAAUAGUAUCGCCUUCAGACAUUUAUAUUAAAGUGAACAAAAUGUACAGACCAGAGAAUACUCAUCGAGAUAUAACAUUAAUGGAACAAGUAGAUCUCAACAUGGUUUAUUGGAGUGACGAGAUAUGCAACGUAAAGUUCUCCGAAGUUGCUGGUAAAUGUUACCUAGCAUAUUCUGAAAAUCUGAAUGAAUCUGUAGAAGAAUGGUUUAUGGGUGGUCCAAACAGAUUUUAUUUCACUGAAGCAUAUAAUGUUAAAGAAAAAACCUUUGAUGAGCCGCCAUAUAAUGUUAUCAACAUAGGUAAACCUGGAAAAGGAAAAGGGAAGGGUAAAUCAAAAGCAAAGAAAGUAGGGGAGACUGAAAAUAAGCCAUUUAUUGACAAACCUGUAUGUCAUCCUACUGUGACGAGAAAGUUAAGGACAUUAGAUCUUUUUGCUGGUUGUGGAGGAUUAUCCGAAGGAUUGCAUCAAGCAGGAAUAGCCGAAAAUUUAUGGGCAAUUGAAAAAGAAGAACCUGCGGCAUAUGCAUAUCGGUUAAAUAAUCCAAAGACUACAGUAUUAUCAGAUGAUUGCAACACACUGUUACGAAAAGUGAUGAAUGGUGAUUCUACAGAUGACAAUGGUCAAAAACUUCCCCAAAAAGGAGAAGUUGAAAUAUUGUGCGGUGGACCACCCUGUCAGGGUUUCAGUGGCAUGAAUCGCUUUAACUUGCGGCAGUACUCAUUAUUUAAAAGUUCUCUCGUUGUUUCGUGUUUAUCCUAUUGUGAUUAUUAUCGACCGAAAUUUUUCGUGAUGGAAAAUGUGCGAAAUUUUGUGUUUUUUAAAAGAUAUAUGGUGUUAAAAUUGACUUUAAGGUGCCUCGUUCGUAUGGGAUAUCAAUGUACAUUCGGUAUUCUUCAAGCUGGUAAUUAUGGUAUACCGCAAACGAGAAGAAGGAUGAUAAUUUUAGCCGCUGCACCUGGAGAAAUACUUCCAAAAUAUCCAGAACCAAUGCAUGUGUUUAAUAAACGAUGUUGUUCACUACAUGUAGUAGUAGAUAACAAGAAGUAUCUCUCUAAUUGUGUUUGGACGGACUCCGCCCCCUUUAGAACGAUCACUGUAAAGGAUGCUAUGUGUGAUUUACCGGAUAUUAAAAAUGGUUGGAGCAAAGAGGAGAUGCCUUAUGGUAGUGAACCAUUGUCACAUUUUCAGAGGAAGAUGAGAGGUAAACAAUACCAGCCGAUAUUGCGAGAUCAUAUAUGUAAAGAAAUGACUCCGCUUGUGGAGGCACGAAUGUCUCAUAUUCCAACUGCAACUGGUUCUGAUUGGCGUGAUUUACCAAAUAUUGCAGUGCGAUUAAGCGAUGGUACCUUCUCCAAGAAAUUGGAAUACAUGCAUCAUGAUAAGAGAGCUGGAAAAAGUUCAACAGGUGCAUUGCGCGGAGUAUGCAGUUGUAGUAGUGGUCGACUAUGUGAUCCUACUGAUAGACAAUUUAAUACUUUAAUUCCAUGGUGUUUACCGCAUACCGGAAACCGACAUAACCAUUGGUCCGGUUUGUAUGGGAGACUCGAAUGGGAUGGAUUUUUCAGUACAACUAUUACCAAUCCAGAACCAAUGGGUAAACAGGGUCGCGUUUUGCAUCCAGCGCAAAAUCGAGUUGUGAGCGUUAGAGAGUGCGCGAGAUCGCAAGGAUUUCCAGAUUCGUUUCGUUUUUAUGGUACGAUACUUGAUAAGCAUCGACAGGUUGGUAACGCGGUGCCGCCACCAUUGGGAGCUGCCAUUGGGCACGAAAUAAGAAAAUGCAUACGUGACACAACGAUAUCGUUGAAUACGAAAUAUGAAUUUACAAAAAGCUAUGCUAAUACAACCACAAUAAGGAGCAACAAGACUGUUGAUGAAGAUGACAAAGUUAUCACAAAUGCCAUAUCUAACAGUCACACAUUAGCCACUCACAAUGGUGCGAGCACCAGUUCUAAUAAAGGCAAAAAUGUAACUAAUCGACAUAGACGGUAUUCGUCGUAGAUAAAGAAAAAAUUUUCGUCGGUUAAAGCGUUUAAAUAUUAUGGUUCCAUUUGUAUCUCUUAAAAUAGUGCUCAGUAUUAAGUAACGGAUUAUAUACUCUGAUAUAAUAUGUAUCGAUAAGGAUGAAGUCUUGUUCCACAGUGUAGAUUCCCCUCUUAAAUCUUAAAUCUUUCAGGACUGAGCUAUUGCUCUAUUCUGGGAUCUUUUAUUCUAAUGAUAUAUGUGCAGUAUGAAAAUGUCAUACAAUUUUGCUUUCCCACUCUAGAUUGAUAAACUAAUGUGACAAAUAUGUAAUAAACAAUGUAAGAAAAGAAUUUUAAUUUAUAGAAAGAGAUGUACGCAUAUAUAUACAAUACACACAUAUGAAGGCUAUUUCAGAAUAAAGGGGAUCUAUGUAUAAUAGUUACAUUUAUUUUUAAUUGCAGAUUUUAUAUGUAAAAAUGUUGAAAUAGAUUUACAAAUGGGAUAUGUUGUAA